AGGCACAUCACACGACCUUUCACUUCACGCACAAACACAAACAUACAAACAUACUUACAGACGCGUCCACGACACCCGGCGGCGCCGCCGGGAAGAAGACCCACCUCUCUCUCUCUUUCGCUCCUUUGUGUGUGAGUGUGUCCCUUUGAGUGACUCGUACGAGUGGAUGCGCCCCCCCCCUGACACGGCUGCAAACACAUGCUUUCAGGCAUGUGCUCACCCCUGUGUCAGCAGGGCGAUGUAUUCCACCGUAUGAGACAACACGCGCGCCCCGCAUGAUCAGGGGCACAGAAAAGAAACCACCGGACGCCACGUACAAAGACGCACUAGAUAGAAAGACAUCAGCGGCCAACGUGCUCAUGUGGGUACGAGAUAACACACCACACCCAGCAGGCACAGCCGCUGAGGCGUGUGCCGCUCCUCUCCCCUCCCACCCUAUACCCCCACACUAGCUCAUUCGACUCUCUCUCUCUCUCUCUCUCUCUCUCCAUCGCUCUGUCGUCGGCCGACCUAUCGCUACCUGCCACUUGCCUGCCCCCACACCACACCACACCGGUCCUCCUGCCCGUAUUUGACUAAUUUCCCUGACUAAUUUCCCUGUGUCUUCUCCUCCUCAGCCCCCUGCUGUCGGCAAGCUGCACACAAAGACACACAGACACAGACAGACACAAGGGGUCGCUGGAAUGGAUCGAUGGUUGGAUGGAUGGAUGGAUGGAUGAGUGUGUCUAUCUACGUACGCACCGUCGACUGACAUUUCGACCGCAGGAGCCGCAGCAGCAGCAUCUGCGGCAGCAGGUGGUGCAGCGGACUCGGCGGGCUCAGCAAUCACCUCACCGGCCGCCCCUCCCCCUGCAGCAGCAGCAGCAGCUGCUGCUGCUGCAGCGGCACCAGCCGCCGGUGCAGGUGCGGCCUCGUCGCCGCCUUCCUGCAUGGAGGGCGGCAGGCCCUCCUCACGCUCCUCGGGCUUGAGGCAAUACAGACGUUGCAGACACGCCGUGCGAAACGCUGCAGCCAUCGAUCGACACACAACACAAACACAUGAGGCCAGUCCAUGCGUCCCCUUUUCCCUCCUUCCCUCCCUCCCUCGUCAGUCUCUUGUUUGCUGACCAUCUCGUAUGGCCUUUUGGGUGAGCUCGGGGACGUCCACCUUGCCUCCGCAUCGCGACCCGUCCUGCGUCUUCUUCUUGUUGAGGUCCAGCACGAAGUGCGGCUUGUUGGCACCGUGCUUGACGCCGGCAAAGGUCACGCCUGCGAAGGUGGAGAACUGCUGCUUCUUGUCGGCAAUGAGCUUGCGGGCGAAGGUGUCAGCCUCCGACUUGGUCAUGACCUCGUCGGGCUGUCGGGGUGGGCCGUUGGCCUCGACCGUGCUCUCGUCGCCACCGCCAGCACCGCUGGCAGACACAGGAGCCUGGGGAAGGGGAGAGAGAAGGCUCAUAUGAAGGAAGGGCAGGAAUGGCUCACCCACCCACCCACCUGUUGGUUGUCGUCCCACAGGUCGCCUCUGGGGCGCUCAGCCCCCUCAGGUUUGGUCACCUUGAUCCGGGUGCUGCGGCCCGCCCGCAUCCCGCCCUCUUUCUUCUCAGCCUCCCGCUCUCGCUUGCGGCCGCCGCUGCCGCUGCCGCUCGACCCAGCCGACGCAGCCACGGCAUCAGCUGCAGCCGAAGCGCUGGCAGUGCGCCCGAUGAAGUAGGUCUCGCCGUCCUUGAAGCAACCCAUAGGGAUCCACACACCUGAAUGAGAACGAGAACCACAGACGGUCUACGUUUUAACUUGCGGCUGGUGUGCUGUCUGUCUGUCUGUCUGUCAAUGCCUACCUCUGCUGUCCUGCACGUGGAAAUCAUCCUUGAUGCCGAAGAUGUCCUUGACGUACUUGACAAAGUCCUCUUCCUGCAGGGGAACCAACGAAGGAGCAAACACAAGAUGCCAUCUACAGGCAGAUCAGCCAGUUCAUCUCACCUACCUGCCACGUGGGCCGGACCUUCAUGGUGACUUCUGCGCCGCCAUUGCGGUCACACACUUUGAUCUCGAUGGGAGAUGACAUCUUCCUUCGACACUCGUUAGAUGGUGAUGCCAAAGCCAUACAAAACUGCCAGGAUCGGAAAUCAGAUUGCCGUUUCGUUUGUCAAUCAAAUGUGGUCGGUCAUUCCAAUGAAGUGGAAACUGUCAUUAACCGUAACACUCGUCUGUGUGUCCGUGAUACUCAUACAAAUACAGUCCCAUCAGCACGCAGACUCAAACA